AUGGACAGAGGAAGCGCAUAUAGCGUCAGCACUGGCGUCAGCAUGGAGCUGCUGACCAUGGAGGAGCUUGACCAUGAGCCCAAGACUUAUGACAAGAAGCAGGAGUACUUGGCUCACCUGCGUUGGCGCAUCCCUGAUCACAUUCAGCGCGAGACGCAAGGUGCUCCAUCUCCUUCUCAGGAUCAACUGUUGUCCACUUUCUUGGCUUCCGGGGGGAUCAAGCUAGGCUUGGCAAUGAGCAGUCACUGGGGAGUGCAAUUGGACACCCCUACCCCACAUAAGCCGCAGCCACAUGUUCAUGGGGACCCAUCAAGCAGGGGUACACCUAGCACGAGUGCUGCCAAUGCUGUCACUGGGCAAAGUCAAGGAGAGAUGAGUGUUGACGGCAAGACCGAGCCGGACUCCAACUCCCUGGAGCAGUUUUCUGGGAAGUUUUUGACGCGCCUCAUGCAUUGUGAAAGUUUUGAUGCCAAUUGCAAGCAGCCACAAGCCCCUCUUCAAAACCCAAUGUGUCCCUUGCAGCGCAAGGUGCUUUUCACCAAGCUCCUCGAGGAGGAGCGCAAGGCGAUGGAGAAGCAUACCAAAGAGAUCAAGAAGGAUCAGGUUCAGCGCGAGACUGCAGAGGUCCCGUCAGGUCAUUCACCUCACUUUGAGGACCAAUUGUUGCACAGCUUCUCGGCUGACGGAAAUUUGAACCAAGGAUUGGCAAUUGGCAGUAGCUGGGGCGUACACUUGACCUCCCCUUCUCCCCACGCACCUCAGCGGCAUAUCCAUGGAGGAUCAUCGCGCGCAGACACAUCUGGCACGAGUGAUGCUAGUGCUGCUACUGGGCAAGUUGAAGGAGAAGUGAUUAUUGACGGCGAGACCGAGCCCGACUCCGACUCCCUAAGACACGUCUCAGGCAAAUUUUCGGACAUGUCCGUCGAACGUCGCCAGGCCUUGAUUCCUUUGAAAGACAACGAGAAAAAGGCGUGA